ACGCACGCUUAGAGCAAAUGCUCCUCAUCAUAGUCCAUGCAUGCAGCUCGACUGAGAUCUCACAAUCCCGAAACAACCUCCCUUCAGCAUCCUGCGAGAAAAACCUCUGUGAGACCUACUGCGAGCCGACUGGAGGCGGAGGCGCCCUGCUAUUAUUUAUUUAGGCAAAUCUCUAAGCGUUACCUUACGGAAAGACUUAGCAUGGGAAGACUAAACAUAUUGCCUCAAAAAACACAGCAAUGAUCGCUGGAUUUAAUAGGUUAAUUCGCGGAUCUUCAGCGGCGAGAGGCAUCUGAGAGGACAGGAGCUACUCAUCAGCUAGUAUUAUAAGAAAAUGGAUGAUUCACCAUCAAAGCAUCUUCUUGGCUCCAAGAAAAGAGUCAAAAUCCACCCAAACACAGUGACUGUCAAAUACGCCACUCACUUUCCCCAGCCUGGAGAUGAGGGCUAUGAUGACGCUCCAUCUUUUGAAGACUUCGGCUCAUUUGUCGAAGAGACCUCAGACAGGAAGCACCUCACUGACAGCAAGUCGGGCAGGACUUUUUUCAGUGCGCUCGACAGUCGGUCCAAAGCAGCUGGGGACCAAAAGGAGAAAGGGGUCGGAGGUCAGCUGCAGAGCUUCGGGGAGGCCUCCGUGUUCGCCUCACGCAUGACGUGGGCCGCUCUGUUCGGGGCAGCUCUGGCCCACGGCUGCGUGGCUCUAAUCACACGCCUGGCUGCCGACCGCUCUAGGGUGCCGUCGUUGGAGCUUCUCUUUAUCCGCUCCGUCAUUCAAGUGUUGUCCAUCGGGGUGGUGUUUUAUUACCAGGAGCCUCCCUUUGGGCCUCCAGGCUACAGACUGCGUCUUUUCUUCUAUGGUGUGUGCAAUGUCAUCUCUAUCACAUGUGCGUAUACCUCCUUUGCUAUUGUCCCACCUAGCAAUGGCACCAUCAUGUGGAGAGCCACCACGACGGUCUUUAGUGCCAUACUGGCGUUUUUACUCAUCGAUGAGCGGCUGGGAAUGACAGACGUGGUGACGGUUGUCAGUAGCGUCUUCGGCCUCUGCUUGGUCAUGAUUCCCAACAUCGUAGGCGAGCACCGAUCUCUUGGUUUCUGGAAGGAGGCCUUCGGGUACACCAUGACGGUGAUGGCGGGGUUAAUGGCGGCCCUGUCCAUGAUCAUAUACCGUGCUAUCAAAGAGAGGGUGAGCAUGUGGACUGCGCUUUUCACCUUCGGCUGGACCGGAACGGUGUGGGGAGUGUCCACAAUGUUCAUCCUGCAGGAGCCCAUCAUUCCACUGGACGGAGAGACGUGGGGGUAUCUAAUCGGCAUCUGCGUCUGCUCCACUGUGGCGUUCCUUGGUGUCUACUACGCCCUCAACAAGUUCCAUCCUGCACUGGUCAGCACCGUUCAGCAUAUGGAGAUUGUUGUGGCUAUGCUUCUGCAGCUGAUUGUGCUCCACAUGGUUCCCUCUGUGUAUGACAUCAUCGGGGGUCUCAUCAUCAUCAUCAGUGUUGUCGUGCUGACGGCCGUAAAGCUUUACUGGGUGGGCAAGAGCAAAAGACAGGAGUAUGAAGAGAUCCUCGACUCACCGAUAAAGUGAUCGAAGUUGUUGUUUUAUAAAAAUGUUUGUUGAGUUUGGUUUUUCAGGCCUUGAAUUAAUGAUACUCACACUCUUAAAAACAAAGGAUCAUUAUGGGCAUCUAUGGUUCCAUGAAGAACCUUUAAAGUCUGUGUAAAACAGUUUAGAGAAUUGUUUUUAAACAUUAUAAAUGUUAGAAAUGUAUUGCUGAAGAUGCGUUACAAAGACUGUAAACUAUGUAGUACUGAAUUGUGAAUUCAGACCGUCACAUGGCCCCUCCUCUAAAACUAUAACUAGAGUGCAUUAGCAUCAGUGGUUGGCCCACUCAAGCGCAGGUUACUGUAAUUACCAUUAGUUACAACAGCCUACAGUUUGCUAGCUAGCUAUGCCUUCAUCGAGUAAAUGCAUCAGGGUUGCCAGGUUUUUACAAUAAAACCUGCCCAAUUGCUACUCAAAACCAGACCAAAGCUAGCCCAAUCACAUUUUGAGGGGGAUCCCCCGUUAAUAAUCGCGUUCCGUUUUUUUGUUUGGGUUCCCCUGGUAAAUUUGUAUUUCAGGGACUUAAUAUGACAUUGUUGGGGUCGCUUCAACCUGCAGAAAUCAAAAACAACCCGUGGCAACAGUGUUAAAGUAGCCCAAAUGAACAUAUGCACUGAGCGUUCUUUAGAACUUCCGCAUAAUGAUAAGCCAGCUCAUAAACAUCCGGUGAAGCUCAUUUUACACGUGCUAUAUAUAAGUGGAGACUCUUGUGAGAGUACUCUCCUGCCUCGUUCUUAUCAGAAACUGAGAAAAAUAAUAACUGCAACAUCGUAAAUAAUGAUAGCAACAUGAACGUUCAGUUUCAUGUUAUUUAACAACAUAUAAAGAGCCUGGAAAUCCCCGAAGGAUACCUAGACACAUAGUUGCACAUUUAAAUACUGACAGCUAAACACUAUCAAACUGUUUAGACUAAUUUUAGGUAACUAACGAUGCUUCUCUUCAACGACAUCUUAAUAGUAUUCUUGAUAAUCAAUAACUUUCCUUCACAGUCAUGAACACAUUUUUAAAAUCAUGUAAUAUUUUAAAGCCUUUAUUGUUUUUCAACUCCACAGCUGUGUAGUAAAAUGCACUUCAAAGAUUCACUUUUCAUUAAUAAGGACGAGAUGAAAAUGUCUUUUCACGGAAAACGACUUUUUAAGAUGAAAAUUAUAUGGAAUUACCCUUAUAACCAGGAAAUGGCAGUAGAGGAUCACUCAUUGGCUGCAGCUGCCACCUCGAGAUGGGUAUAACUGCAGCCUGGAGAUCUCCAAAUAGGGGCGGGAACUCCAAAAUAGGGCGUGGCUUCCUUCCAUUGACAGACAGGCACUUGACACGCAUGCACAAAUUUUUCCACCAAUCCACUUUAGCGCAAACUCCGCCCCACAGCUGAUUCUAAAGGUUUUAUUGGUUGUGUCAAUCACAAUGUUGAUUUCCUAUACUAUGUUACAAACAAUGCUAACCCUUAAACCUACCCCACACCUGACUCUAACCUUAAAUAAGUGAAAUUGACUACACAACGGGAUUGGCGCUGAAUAGCACGGUGGAUAAACAGUUAAUAAAAUUAUGCGAUAUAAGAUCGCCGGGUCGUUCCGUAACUCCCCAACCAGACCUCACUGGACAAUGGGACCUUUUUAGUUACACUCAGCAUCACUACAUCCUCCUACCCUGCGAAUUUCAAGUCCCGGGAUGCCCCUGUUUCUUAAUACAAAGCGAUAGAGUAAAACCUUUCCCCUGCGCUGCGCUGUGACGGCUCGUGGGGGAUUCCCGUUUAUAUCAUUAAGCAGAGGUUCUAACUCCAGUCCGAACACCUCUGACCACGAGCUUUGGGCUCUGCUCUCACUGAGCAUAUUUAGCUUUAUUUUAAAACAAAUAGAAACAAUGUUUAAUUUAUGAAGUUUUAUUUUGAAACGUAAGUCAAUAACAAUUGGCUGAAGCCAGAGCCAAUGGUGAAAGCGAGACUCUGGCCCAUUUUGGAGGUUCUGCCCACUUUUGGAGUUCCUGCCUUCAUUUGGAGAUCUCCGGUCUGCAGUUAUACAUACUUGGCCAACUCCCUAGUUUUUUCAGUCCAGCUUUCGAUUUAUUAUAAAAUUACUAGUAUAACAAAUUUUAGUACUUUUACGGCAUAUGAAUCAAUAUAAAUUUGAAAUAUUUUAUAUUUAAUUUAAUAACUACAUCUUUUAAGUUUAUAGCUUAUAGCUAUUAAAUAGCCUAUAUUCAACCAACACAAACUUGUUACUUCUGUAGUUUUCUUACUCUGAAUUUAGUUUGAAUCAUUUAAUCCACAGCUCUGUUUUUGACAUCGGCUUGUCAGACAUUUCGUUCGGUUAUUACUAUCAAUCAUAGCAAUGACUCACGCAUAUUAAGCGGAUUUACUUGCAUAAUUUUUUACACUCGCAUUUGUCAUUCUUGAAACAGUAUACAUGGACGUUUUGUCCUCUUGGACAAAGAAAACUUUUCUUUGAAUUGUGAAUGGAUUAUGUAGAAAAAACGAGCAAAGGACACACCUAUUACGGCACAGCGCAGUUGACCGGAAAUUACUGAGCUGGCUUGUCUAAAACAAGGAAGUAAUCCGUGCAUAUAUUCAAUUGCACUGAAAACCGCAGCCUUGGCAACACUGAAAUGCAUAUUACCUAUUGUAAAUCCAAUUAAGCUGCUAGAGGGAGCAUCGGGUUGUAGCAGUAUUUGACUGCUGAGAGAGGCAACAGCCUUCCCACAAGUGGGCGUGACUUCCGCACUGACAGCGGACACGCCCCCAGCUUUUGAGAGCAAAGAAUACUGCUUAUUUUUUCAAGAUUUUGAUAACUUAUUUACUUGCCGUUUUUUUAUCAUUCAAAUUUGACUGUGCGUUUAAUAACAAAUUUUUUCAUGGUGUGACAAAAUCAGGACAGGUCAUAUUUAAAGGUCCACUGAGGUGCUUUGAAACAUGGCUUAUUUUAUGUGCUGACAUAAUUUCAACUGAAACAGGAAGACAGGGUGGGACCUAUCCAGCAGCUCCGCCCACUUUUUUAAAUAGCCAAUAGCAUUUCAUUUAUAUCACAGCAUGGGCCAGAGCCGUUGAGCUCGGUAAAGUCGCAUUUGACAGCGUAUGACAGCCACAACUUCAUCCAUAUCGCAUUAUGUAUAUAUAAAAUAGUAUUCAGUGUAGAAUUCAAAUGUGUCCAAUACGUUUUGUGCUCUGCACCGAUUAGCGCAUAUGAUCCAUUCUGUGUUAUCAUCUCUCUGGACCGGAACGGGAUGUAUGCAUGCUGCGGUGAUUUGUGUGAUACAACGCAAAACCAGACUUCAAUUGCCCCAGUGGAAUCCAUAUUUACACUGUCUGAAUCAUUCCCUAUCCCCUAUAUAGUGCACUAUGUGCCAUUUGCCAUACAGAAAAUACUAUUUCUGCGAACAAGUGACUGGUUUCAGCUGCAGCUUCAGCGUGUAUUUAUAAUGUAGGGGGGUGGGACGCGUCGGAUUCUAGAAAGCAUUUGAUUGGACAGAAAGUUUGAUGAGAAGCUGAAGUGCAGGGUGAUGUGAUCAAAAUCAUUGAUUGUGAGAGACUGUACGUUUUGAAUGCUUAUAUGUUCUAAAAGCGAAUUUUGUCAUUGGUUUGGAGCACACUAGCUUAGGCUAACAUAUUCAUACUAAAAGCCAAAAAACUUUGGUUUUGAUUUCAUGGGGACUUUAAUAUUGCUUUACACAGACUUUAACAUCUAUGGAACCUUUCCAUUGCACAAAAGGUUCUUUAGAUUUUUAAAAUGUUCUUUAAACUAGGAAAAAAAAAUUAACGUGUUAGUUCACCCAAAAAUGAAAAUUCUAUCAUUACUCACCCUCAUGUUUGUUGCAAACCCGUAAGACCUUCGUUCAUCUUCAGAACACAAAUUAAGAUAUUUUUGAUGAAAUCCAAGAGCUUUCUGACCCUCCAUUCUGACCCUACCACAUUCAAGGCCCAGAAAGAUACCAAGAAUGUCGACAAAAUAGUCCAUGUGACAUCAGUGGUUCAAUAGUAAUUUUAUGAAGCAAUGAGAAUACUUUUUGUGUGCAAAAACAAAACUAAAAACAAAACAAAAAUAACAACUUUAUUCAACAAUUCUUCUCCUCUGCGUCACCCUAGUGGCAUUUUGGAGAGUAUCACGACGCAUGCACAUGCUUUCCUCAUAUGUAAACAAUGCAUGUUGCUGACGUAGAACACGCAUGUGCCGUGCUUUGUUUACGUUUAGAGGAAAGCGCAUGUAUGCGUCGUGAUACUCUUCAAAAAGCCGCUAAGGUAGCACAGAGGAGAAGUUGAAUAGUCAUUAUUUUGUUUUCUAUGCACACAAAAUGUAUUCUCGUAGCUUCAUAAAAGUACGACUGAACCAAUUUGAUUUCAUCAAACUUAUCUUAAUUUGUGUUCCGAAGGUUAGUAAUUAAUGACAGAAUUAAAAUUUUUGGGUGAACUAUCCCUUUAAGAAAGGUUCUUUCUUUUUAAGAGUGCACCUGUGACCGAGGUUAUUGUGAAUGUUUGAGAAAAAGAUCUAUGUGGAGUUUAUGUAAAGUUUAUUCACUGAUGAAGUGCCAUUGUGAAAUUGUCUUUGACUGUUGUAUUAUGUGAAGCUCAAAGAGGUUAUUGAUUCUUGUCAUACAUUAUGAAGUAAUUAUUCAUGUUUAGCUAUGUCAUAUCAUGUCUCAUUAGGAAGUACAUCCAAAUAAAUGUCUGUCCAGAAGAACUGCAAUGACAAGAGAUAUUUUCAUAAAUAUGUACUAUUUUCCAAAUUGACGUGGUCAAGAGUGCCCUCUGUUGGUAUUUAGUGACUAUACGGCCAUGAGAAGUGAAGGAAUAAUUUUUGUCACAGCCUGAUUAGCCUGAGUGAAUCAAAUCAGUUUUGGCAACAGUGAUUCACGCUGAUAUCUGCCAGAGAUUUUCUGUUGGCAUAUGAUGUCAUGAUUUCCAGCUUAUUGAGAAAUAUUGAUGAUGACUGCUGGAGCCAUGUACGUAUUCACUCCAGAGUUUUACUCAGAAACAAAAAAGUUUUAACCAUUUUACUGUAAUAAUAUGUUUUGGAAAGGCGUUCUCAUAUUUGAGGUUAAAGCCAAAAUGUUGCAUAGUCUGUGCAGCAGAUCCAAAUUAUUUUAGAAAGUAUGUAACUUUGCAAAUGCAUUGUAGAAACAUUCAUUUUCUGGGAAUAAAAAAGCCAAUGCGUGAUCCAUCCAAACAUAAGAUUGUUCAUUUAAUAAUAAUGUCACUUUUUUUUCAGAAACAGGAAUGAAGUAACUUCACUCAAAUCUGAGAAUGUCCCUGUUGUGUCUUUUAAAAAAUAUAUAUAUAUAUAACGAUUAAUAGUGUACUGUUUCAAACUGAAAUAUUUUCAAAGAUUUGUUUUCUCUUUAAUAAAAGCAUGUAUGAAUUUCA